CAUCCGCCAUUUCGGAGGCGACUGGAAAGCCAUUGUUAGCAAAACAGCGUUAUGUUGAAACUGUCGACCUUAAAUUCGUCUAAUUUCACAAUCUAGUCUCGAGGUUAGAAAAAACACAUAUGCAUCACCCUCGUGCAAGUAACGGCAAGGGAAACGAUUUAAGAGUAGUUUUGCGCGUUAGAUUACGUGAAUUUGUUCGCGGUUCGUCUGUAGUGUGUUAGCCUCGCAUCAGCAGGAAGACUGCAGGCCGCUUGCCUGAGAUUUCGGCGUGCGUUGUCUUCGGCAUCACAUCAUCAGCUAACGAUAAUUAUUGAGUAAUUUGUGAAUUUUAUAUUUCACAUCUUUCUUAUAUCGCCACGCUGCCCGUCUCGGUACAGGAGUCAGUAGAAAUUGAAAGAGAAAUGGCAAGCUCGGUGGGGAACGUGGCUGACAGCACAGAACCAACCAAACGUAUGCUUUCCUUCCAAGGUUUGGCAGAAUUGGCGCACCGUGAAUAUCAGUCAGGAGAUUUCGAGGCGGCUGAGCGACACUGCAUGCAGCUGUGGAGGCAGGAGCCGGAUAACACAGGCGUCUUGCUGUUACUCUCCUCUAUCCACUUUCAGUGUCGCAGGCUUGACAGGUCGGCGCACUUCAGCACUUUGGCCAUCAAGCAGAACCCAAUGCUGGCUGAGGCGUACUCUAACCUGGGCAAUGUUUACAAGGAACGGGGACAACUGCAAGAGGCCAUCGAGCACUACCGUCACGCACUCCGCCUCAAACCAGACUUCAUCGAUGGAUACAUAAACCUGGCAGCUGCCCUGGUGGCGGCAGGGGACAUGGAGGGAGCAGUUCAAGCAUAUGUGUCUGCCCUUCAAUACAACCCUGUGAGUGUGGAGGACCUGUAUUGUGUACGCAGCGACUUGGGUAACCUCCUUAAAGCGCUUGGGCGCCUUGAAGAAGCAAAGGCGUGUUAUUUGAAGGCAAUUGAAACUCAGCCAAACUUUGCCGUGGCCUGGAGUAACCUGGGCUGUGUGUUCAACGCCCAGGGAGAGAUCUGGCUGGCCAUUCAUCAUUUUGAGAAGGCAGUGACACUGGAUCCAAACUUUUUGGAUGCUUACAUUAACCUGGGCAAUGUCCUUAAAGAGGCUCGCAUCUUUGACAGAGCUGUCGCCAGUUAUCUUCGUGCCCUCAGCCUGAGUCCUAACCAUGCUGUCGUGCAUGGGAACUUGGCCUGCGUGUACUAUGAACAGGGUUUGAUUGACUUGGCCAUUGACACCUAUCGUCGUGCCAUUGAGCUGCAGCCCCACUUUCCCGAUGCUUACUGCAAUCUCGCCAAUGCUUUGAAGGAGAAAGGCAAUGUAUCCGAAGCCGAGGAAUGCUACAACACAGCCCUGCGUCUGUGUCCGACCCACGCCGACUCCCUCAACAACCUGGCCAACAUCAAGCGUGAGCAGGGCAACAUCGAGGACGCGGUACAGCUCUACAGAAAAGCUCUGGAGGUGUUUCCAGAAUUUGCUGCAGCCCAUUCAAAUCUUGCCAGUGUCCUGCAGCAGCAAGGCAAGCUCCAGGAAGCUCUUAUGCACUAUAAGGAGGCCAUCAGAAUCAGCCCCACAUUUGCUGAUGCUUACUCCAAUAUGGGAAACACGCUUAAAGAAAUGCAGGAUGUUCAGGGCGCCCUGCAGUGCUACACUCGCGCAAUUCAGAUCAAUCCUGCUUUUGCAGAUGCUCACAGUAACUUGGCUUCCAUUCACAAGGACUCUGGAAAUAUUCCUGAGGCGAUCGCGUCUUACCGCACUGCUUUAAAACUCAAGCCAGACUUCCCUGAUGCCUACUGUAACUUGGCUCACUGCCUACAGAUUGUGUGUGACUGGACUGACUAUGAUGAGCGUAUGAAGAAGCUGGUGAGCAUUGUGGCCGAUCAGCUGGAGAAGAACCGCCUACCAUCUGUGCACCCCCAUCACAGUAUGCUGUACCCCCUGUCACACAAUUUCCGCAAGGCAAUUGCAGAGAGACAUGGAAACCUCUGUCUGGAUAAGAUCAAUGCUCUGCACAAACCUGCCUACGAGUAUCCAAAAGACCUGAAGGCCAGCGGAGGACGUCUGCGCAUAGGCUACAUUAGCUCAGAUUUUGGCAACCAUCCCACUUCCCACCUGAUGCAGUCCAUUCCUGGCAUGCACAACUCUGAGAAGUUCGAGGUGUUCUGUUACGCCCUCAGCCCAGAUGACAGCACCAACUUUAGAGUCAAAGUCAUGGCAGAGGCUCACCACUUUACCGACCUCUCGCAGAUUCCCUGUAAUGGAAAAGCAGCUGACAGGAUCCACCAAGAUGGAGUCCACAUCCUAGUCAACAUGAACGGUUACACUAAGGGAGCACGCAAUGAGCUGUUUGCGUUGUGCCCAGCGCCCAUUCAGGCCAUGUGGCUCGGAUACCCUGGGACCAGUGGAGCGCCAUUCAUGGACUACAUCGUCAGUGAUAAGGAGACGUCUCCUGUCGAUGUUGCUGAGCAGUACUCUGAGAAACUGGCCUACAUGCCUCACACUUUCUUUAUCGGCGAUCAUGCUAACAUGUUCCCCCACCUCAAGAAAAAGGCAGUGAUCGACUUCAAGUCAAAUGGACACAUUUUUGACAAUCGUAUUGUCCUGAAUGGCAUAGAUGUUAAAGCCUUCUUGGAAAGCCUUCCUGAUGUCAAAGUUGUGAAGAUGGAGUGUGACGGCCCGGAGGUGGCUGACAGUAAUGGUGCCCUGUCAAUGCCAGUCAUCCCCAUGAACACUGCUGCAGAGGCCAUCAUUAACAUGAUCAACCAGGGCCAGAUCCAGGUCACCAUCAAUGGUUUUACAGUCAGCAACGGCCUGGCCACAACUCAGAUUUGUACAGUGGAGGAGGUUGUAGUAUCUGGAACUGUAGCCUUGCAGAUUAACAACAAGGCGGCGACCGGAGAAGAGGUUCUCAGAACAAUCGUGGUGACUACCCGCUCACAGUACGGCCUUCCUGAAGAUGCCAUUGUCUACUGCAACUUUAACCAGCUUUAUAAAAUAGACCCUCCCACCCUGCAGAUGUGGGCCAACAUCCUGAAGCGUGUGCCCAACAGUGUGCUUUGGCUCCUGCGAUUUCCAGCGGUGGGCGAGCCCAACAUCCAGCAGUACGCUCUGAAUCUAGGCCUGCCCGCCUCUCGCAUCAUCUUCUCCCCUGUGGCUCCCAAAGAGGAGCACGUAAGACGUGGCCAGUUGGCAGAUGUCUGCCUGGACACCCCUCUUUGCAACGGCCACACCACAGGCAUGGAUGUGCUGUGGGCUGGUACCCCUAUGGUCACGAUGCCAGGAGAAACGCUGGCGUCACGUGUAGCGGCAUCCCAGCUCACCUGUCUUGGCUGCCCUGAACUCAUCGCUCCGAGCCGCAAGGAGUACGAAGAGGUUGCCGUCAAGCUCGGCACAGACAUGGAAUACCUGAAGAAGAUCCGCUCACGUGUGUGGAAGCAGCGCAUCUGCAGUCCGCUCUUCAACACCAAACAGUACACCCUGGACCUAGAGAAGCUCUACCUGCAGAUGUGGGAGCGCCACGCUAGUGGAGGCAAACCUGACCACCUGGUCAAAAUUCACUCUCUGGAGACCAGUGAGAGCACCUAAGCCAAGCUCACUGUUGCAUGCUCCUCCCUCUUUAACCGAUCAGCCCCGCCCCUCAACGAUGUACCUGUCGGUCACAGAGACUCUAAGGAGCCUACAUGUGAGCACCAUCACUUUGAUCACAGCUAGCUUUUGUUUCCAUGAGCCACAGUGGACAGCGGUGUGCCCAGAGCUGCUCUGCUGAGACUCUGUCCCCCGCCCAUCAUACCUUGAAUAAAUUGAUGUAGGUUGACUCAACUGUCCUUUUUGCUUCAGCGUUCAGUCCUAAAGAGCUUCAGCAUCCUGAAAGUGUCAUUUGCAGUGGUCUUGCUGAAAAAUGGAUAAUCUUAAAGCAAAGUUAAGAGUCUUUAAGCUAAGGAAAAUGUCACCGAUCAAUGUAACUGUUCUAUAAUGGGCUGUAAUGCGGUUGUUUAUUUUUUAGUUAGGUGAUGUGCUGCGCUGCUUGACCUAUUUUAGCUCUCUCAUCAUAACCUAAAGUUGGGUGACGGAUACAUACCAUGGAUCUCUUUUUCCCUAAUGAAUGCCAACAUAUUCCAUAUGCUAUGAACAGCAAAACAAUUUCUCUUCUUUUUUGAAAAAUGAUAUGUGAACAUGAUACGAGUGUCAUAUUACACAUUGCUAAAGCAUUGACACCUGUUGAUUUUUUCGUUAUUUUUUAUGAUUUUACCAGGAAAGGUGUAGGUAAGUAUGUUCUGAAUUGUUUGAGUUUUGUACACUGUCCUCCUUAUUAACUCGUUUUAUUUAUGCUGUGUUGAUUCUACAAGGCUCUGAUAUAACAAAUACUGAAAUAAAGAGAUGUGUCAAACCUUU